GUAAGAGACGAGAAGCAGCAUAAACACGAUGAAGUGAGGAAGAGGAAGAGGAGGAGGAGGUGGUUUGGCCACACAGCGAGUCUUUGUGGUCCGCUGGACAAAGAGCCGUUCUCAGUCGCCUGCUGCCUCACAGCCUCACAGCGUCACAGUGGAACAGACCGGACACCAACACACAGCCAGACCCCCAGACCUGAACUCCUCCUGUCUCCUGGUCCUGGUCCUGGUCUGCAGGGAGACGACAUGAUGCCCUGCCUCGGAUUAUUCCUGCUGCUUUGUUGUGGGAUGCUUCAUGUGGGUUCUGGACUUCGCUGCUACAAGUGCUCUGAUUACACUGGACGCUGUCAGAACGUCCAGGAGUGCACAUAUGAAGACUCCUGUAUCUCUCUGAGUGAGAGAGGAGGUAAGACCAUCCGUCAGUGUAUCCGGUACACAGACUGUGAUAACUCCCGUCUGUCCCAGAUGUUCCCGGCGAUCUCCGGCUUCACGUACCGAUGCUGCAGCAGCAACCUCUGCAACACCGGCUCCGCUGUGGCUGCGGCGCCACCGGUCCUGACUCUGGCUCUGAGGCUGACGGGGACCCUGCUGAGUCUCUGGUGGUUCUGGGUCUGACGGGGACUCUGCUGAGUCUCUGGUGGUUCUGGGUCUGACGGGGACCCUGCUGAGUCUCUGGUGGUUCUGGGUCUGACGGGGACCCUGCUGAGUCUCUGUUGGUUCUGGGUCUGAAUUAACCGUUUGGUGUUUGUGGGAUUCUUAGUUAACAGGAACUAAACGAGUGUUUUUAGGGUCUCAGGUCAAUAAAGAAUGACUUUUUCUUUUUAUACUUUUUUAAAUACAAUAAACAUGAGGUUGAUUUGU